CGUUUAGAUACGCGUUAUUUGCGUUUUAUAAAUCGAAACUUUGAAAAGACAAACAGUUGUAAACAAAAAUGGCUACCGAUGCAUCCUCGUCAGCGAAUCCAGUGGAACCUAGUGACUUUACAAACAUUUCACUGGAGGGUGACCCUGAACCACCCAAAAAGAAAACUCCACGGAGGUUGAUCUACUGCAGUGAUGGAGUUUUAGAAGAAUACUCAACAGAUGAAGAGGAGGAGAAACCCCCAGAACCAAAGAUCAACCCGAAAGAGCUGAAUUGGUUGCCUUGGUUUUGGUAUUACAUUGUGAACACAGCAAAAGGAACACUAUAUGUGGCAGACACUUGUGGAGAAAAGCUAGCAUGGUUUUUUGGCAUCACCACACCAAAAUAUCAGUAUGCAAUAGAUGAAUACUACCGUCUUAAAGAAGAGGAGGAGAGAGAAAAGUGCUCUAUAUUAAAUAUUGAAAAAUAG